UCCUGUUGUUGACGUUAGCAAUAUGGCAGCGGCGUUUUUGCAGUGGAGAAAAUUCGUCUUCUUCGAUAAAGACAUCGUGAAAGAUCCUGCAGACGCUGGGAAAAGCUUCACUCUUCCCAAAGGAAUACUGGCCAGCGACUCUGGCCGCAGCCAUGUUGUUCUCGGAGAUAUGGAAGGAAGAAUCUGCCUCCUGACUCGCUCCCUGCAGCUCAUGUCUUUUCAGGCCUACAAGCUGCGGGUGACCCACCUGUUCCAGUUGAAACAGCAUAGCAUCCUCGUAUCAGUGGGACAAGAUGAACCUGGAAUAAACCCCCUGGUAAAGGUCUGGAACCUUGAAAAGAGAGACGGUGGAAAUCCUCUUUGUACCAGAAUUUUCUCUGCCAUUCCGGGCAACAAACCAACAGAAGUGUCUUGCCUGAGUGUAAAUGAGAACCUCAAUUUCAUGGCCAUAGGCUUCACAGACGGCAGCGUGGUUUUGACCAAAGGUGACAUCACCAGAGACCGCCACAGUAAAACUUUGACUCUGCAUGAGGGGAGUAGCCCAGUCACUGGACUCGCCUUCCGCCAAAUGGCAAAAACAACUAACUUGUUUGUUGCCACUCUGGAAAAAGUUUUUUGCUACACCCUGUCCACCAAGGAGUAUCCCAGAAUAGAACUAGGUGCACAUGGCUGUGCACUGCGCUGCUCCUCCUUAUCUGAUCCAUCCCAGGAUUCCCAGUUUGUUGUUGCUGGGAAUGAGUGUGUGUAUCUAUACCAACCAGAUGAGCGGGGUCCUUGCUUUGCUUUUGAUGGUCACAAGCUGCUGGCUCUCUGGCACCGCGGAUAUUUGUUCUUACUCACCAGAGACGUGAAGUCCCCCAGCAAAACAGGGUUUGACAGUGGAGAAAGCUCCCGAUCAGAGAAACAGCUGUUAACCGUCUACGACCUGGACAACAAGUUCAUCGCCUACAGCGCCACUUUUGAUGACGUGAUCGACGUGGUGGCAGAGUGGGGCUCAUUCUAUGUUCUGACCAGAGAUGGACAUAUGUUUGUUCUCCAGGAGAAGGACACACAGACCAAACUGGAGAUGCUGUUUAAGAAGAACCUGUUUGUGAUGGCCAUAAAUCUGGCUAAGAGCCAGCACCUGGACAGUGAUGGGUUGUCAGAGAUCUUCCGACAGUACGGAGAUCAUUUAUACUUGAAGGGGGACCAUGAUGGUGCCAUCCAGCAGUACAUACGCACCAUUGGGAAGCUGGAGCCUUCAUAUGUUAUCAGGAAGUUCCUGGAUGCCCAAAGAAUUCACAACCUGACUGCCUAUCUGCAAGCCCUUCACAGGCAGUCCCUGGCCAACGCAGACCACACCACACUGCUGCUCAACUGUUACACCAAGCUGAAGGACAGCUCCAAGCUGCAGGAGUUCAUUAAGAGCAGUGAGAGUGAAGUGCACUUCGAUGUUGAGAUCGCCAUUAAGGUUCUUCGUCAGGCUGGCUACCACAGACACUCUGUGUUCCUGGCUGAACGACACAAGAACCAUGAGUGGUACUUGAAGAUCCAGCUAGAAGACCUCAAGAAUUAUGAGGAAGGGCUGCGAUAUAUUGGACGUCUACCUUUUGAGCAAGCUGAAAGCAACAUGAAACGUUAUGGUAAGACACUUAUGCACCAUGUUCCUGAAGGUACAACGUUGCUCCUGAAAGGCUUGUGCACCAACUACCAGCACAGUGAAGAAACUGCUGAAAAAUACAGUAUGGACAGGAAUAAGGCAAAUUCUGAAGAAUUCAUUCCAAUUUUUGCCAAUAACCCUCGAGAACUGAAGGCCUUUCUGGAGCACAUGAUCGAGGUUGACCCCCAUUCUUCUCAGGGUGUGUACGACACACUGCUUGAGCUCCGACUGCAAGACUGGGCACACGAGCAAAACCUUGAGAGAAAGAACAACUUGCAAGAGGAAGCUUUGUCACUGCUGAGAAGAGACAACACAGUGUUUGAUAAGGCCCUGGUCCUUUGUCAGAUGCACAAUUUUAAAGAAGGCAUCCUCUACCUUUAUGAGAAAGGCAAACUGUACCAGCAAAUCAUGCACCACCACAUGCAGAACGAGGAGUAUGGAGAAGUGGUCGAGGCCUGCAAGCAGUAUGGAGAGCAGGAAUGCUGCCUUUGGGAACAGGCCCUCGGAUAUUUUGCCAGAAAGGAAGAAGACUGUAAGGCCUACAUCAGUGAGGUUCUACGCCACAUUGAUCAGAAAAACCUGAUGCCUCCAUUACUUGUUGUGCAGACCCUGGCACACAACUCGACGGCCACGCUGUCCGUGAUCAAGGACUACCUGAUCAGUAAGAUGCAGAGAGAGAGCCAACAGAUCGAGGACGAUGAGCACAAAAUCAGCCAGUAUCGGGAGGAAACUGCUCAUGUCCGCUCCGAGAUCCAGGAGCUGAAAACCAGUGCCAAGAUAUUUCAGAAGACCAAGUGCAGCAUGUGCACCAGCCCCCUGGAGCUUCCAUCUGUCCACUUCCUGUGCAGCCACUCCUUCCAUCAGCACUGCUUUGAAAGCUAUGCAGAAAGCGAGGCGGAGUGUCCAACGUGCACGCCAGAGAAUCGUAAAGUCAUCGAUAUGCUGCGUGCUCAAGACCAGAAGCGUGACCUGCAUGACCUUUUCAACCGACAGCUACACAGCUCUAAUGACGGGUUUUCGGUUGUGGCAGACUACUUCGGUCGAGGAGUGUUCAACAAACUGACUCUGGUCACAGACCCUCCUGGUAGCAAACCUAGUGGGGGUCUGGAAGCCAACCUGCACCGAGACCUCGCCCACAACCAAAGGAACGGUUAGAGGAGCCAACGUGUGUAGAUGUUCUCCACACCGUGCUUUGUUGCACAAGCCUCCUGUUAGUGUGUUGCACUCUUUGUGUUACAGUUUGUACAAAACAAUAUAUUGUGCAUAAAUACCACACAAUAUUCAAUAAAUUCAAUCAUUUAUUAAAUUAAUACAGUCAAUCCUA